AUGGAUAAUUUAAAUGAUGAAGAAAUUUAUAAUGAUCGUAAUCGUAUUGAACCAUUUGUUAAAGCAAUUACAAGAAAUAAACAUUUAUUUAAAGAUAAAAUUGUAUUAGAUCUUAAUUCAGGUAUGGGAUUACUUAGUAUUUUGGCUUCAUAAUCUGGAGCCAAAUAAGUUAUAGCUAUGAAAGCAAAUAAUUAUGCUAGUGAAAUAAUUAAAUAGAAUAAUAUAUAGAAUAUUACAUUAUAUAAAGAGAAAAUAAGAGAAGUUGAAUUAAAUUGCAAAAUAGAUAUUAUUAUUGCUGAUUGGAUGGGAAAUAUGUUAAUUUAUGGUGGAUGUAUAUAAGAUGUAAUCUAUGCAAGAGAUAAAUAUUUAAAUAAAGAUGGAUUUAUUAUGCCUGAUAAAGGAUAAUUAUAUAUAUAAUCAAUUGAAGAUAGUUAAUAUAAGAAAAUGAAGAUUAAUUUUUGGUAUUAUUAAUUAUUAAUUUUGUAGGGAUUCUGUUUAUGGAGUAAAUAUGAAAUGGAUGAAAUAAUGGAUUGCAAAAGAACCACUUCUUGAAAGCAUUAAAGAAGAAUAAUUAAAUAGUGAUGAAUAAUUAAUUUAUGAGAUUAAUUUACAAAAUUGUUAAUUAGAAGAUCUUAGUUUUAGUAAUUAAUACUAAAUAAAGAUCAAGAGAUAAGAUUAUGCAACUGGUAUAAUAGUAUGGAUGAAAUAUUCAUUCACUUAUACUCAUUUACCAAUUCAUGUUAUUAUGGGUCCAACUAAAUCUCCAUUUUGGAAACCUGUUAUUUUAUAUUUUAGAGAAGAAAUACCUGUAAAUAAAGGUGAUAAAUUAUAAGGUUUAUAUAUAUUUAUUAAUUAUUAUUUAGGAUCAUUAGCAGUUAAAUUUGAAUCAGAAGAACUACUACAAAUUAAGUUAUCUGUACAUAUGUAAUAAUAUAAUUAUGUAUCAUAUUUUAAAUUAAAUUGA